GACACCGAGGGUUUGUGUAUGGGAGCUGGGAGGCUCCUUUCUGAAGUUUCUCUUGCUCACAAUGCUGUUGAGAUUGAGGAGCGAAGCUUACGCAGCUCUGCAUUAAAWUACUGACAAUUCAAAGGCGCGCGUCGAGAACACCAUGUAUCCCGAUUUGGAACGACUUGGAGAGGGGAUGUCCAUGCCUUUCUUGUGGUGAAGGAGAAAACACUUUGCUUAAUUUACCCAGGAAUAGACGUAGAGGAAGGCAGCCCUUCUGGAGUGGAGUGCUUUGUUUUGAAACACAGUAGAGGCGACGGUGGGUAUUCUCCAGUUUACAGUUACGAUCAGCCAUCGAAACUUCUGCUUCAAGAAUCUGUUUUCAAUAAGGAUGGCUUCUGAACUGAAAACGUAAUUAACCAUAUAAGGCUGGAGAUAUCACAGUUGACAUGUUACUGUAGGAAAGAAAGUGGAGACCCUGUUGUGCGCAUUCUGGUUUAUCCCAAAGAAAGCAAGUAGCCUAUAUGGUUACGCGCACGUUGUGCUUUGUGAGAAGAGGACUUCAACCAAACGAAAAUGGCCCGGAUUAUUCUUUGUGCUUUGAUACUAGUUUUGGCUGACUUUAAUUAAAACAUAACUGUAGGCCUAUUGAACAUCCGUGGAAUUGACCACACCGUCCAAAUGCUUGAAUGGCUCGUUGCUUUGUGUAUUGGGAUUCUGGUGGCCGUCAUUUGGCCAGCUUCGAAAUAUUUUGGUACCCAGGGCGAGCCAGACGCACUCCUCCAGGGGCUCGGAAUUUCACGGCGGCAGACGAAGGAGAUGGUCUCAGAGAGGUGCGUCUCAGACCGGGGGGUCCCGGUGGACCGUGAUAAUGCCCAGACAUCGGACAGGGCAGGUGAUAAUAAAGUCCCCGAUGUUGCGCUGAUAUGCAAACCCUCGGCGCUGGCCAACUAUCUCUUCAAACACUGCAGGACUUUCAGCAAUUUCACAGCGUGCACUGGAUGGACUUGGCGGGCGAGUGCGUUUCUUCAGACAGUCUACGGCGCGUGCUGGCCGUACGAGAGCCCGGCGUAUUUCGUGCGGGACUACCUGCAGUUGAGCGACGACGGUCUGGUGGCGCUGGACUGGGCAGUGUCGAUGGCCGGUGCGUCGUACCAGAAACGGAGGAGAACCUCGAGUAAUUCCACGAGCCCCAUCCUCCUCAUCAUUCCCAACUCGUUUGGAAAAAUCACUAGAAAUGUGCUGAAGCUCUGUGAGGUGGCGUUGUCCCACGGCUACCUCCCUGUGGUGUUUAACCGGCGCAGCCACAACGCCACCCCCCUCAGCACCGUCAAGCUGCAGCAGUUUGGCGACCCAGGGGACCUACGCGAGGCCGUGCGCUAYAUGCGCUACAGGCAGCCCGUGAGCCGGCUGUACGCGGUGAGYGAGAGCACSGGGUCCGGYCUCCUCCUCKCCUACCUGGGAGARUGUGGUUCAUCCAGCUACGUGACGGCCGCCGCCUGCCUCUCGCCAGUGUUCCGCUGCCAGAGCUGGUUUGAGAACGGACCCAUCUGGCCCUUCCACUGGGCUCUGGUGACUUACCAGCAGGCUAUGCCUCAGCAGGUAAACGGAAUGGGGAAGGGGGGAGGAAGGGACUGUUCCCUGCGUGGCCUGGAGGAGGUGCUGUUCUGCCCUAAAGGAGCCCCGGCCAUAGCAGCGGGCACCAGCAGCAGCAGUGGGGGAGCCUGGGAGGCCUACUGGGAACGCAAUGAACCCCUCCGGGAYGUAGACGAAGUCGCCAUCCCUGUUCUGAGUGUCUGUGCUCAGGAUGACCCUAUCAGAGGAGACCCCCAGUCUACCCUACCCCUGGAACUCUUCGAGAGCAACCCCCACUUCUUCCUGCUGCUAACCACCAGGGGGGGACACUGUGGCUUUAACACCCAGGAAGGGAGUGCUUUCUCUGGGGGAGGGACCUUUGGAGGGACACCUGGGACUAGCUGGAGCCACCGGGCCCUGCUGGAGUUCUUUAGGGCCACCACAGACUUCAUUGCGGCAGAGGAGAGGGCUAAGCAGGCUGCCAGACGGAGGGGCCUGGGGGGUAGCAGCCAGGGCAAAGUCUUCAGACAUCGUAGUGUCAGUAGCUAUCCUCAUCCACACAGACAGCUGCUACUGCUGGACCACAGAGCCAACUCUACAGUUAGCAUCAAGCCCUGA